CUUAUUAAAUAGUUGAGAAAAUGGAUUUGUUGAACAGAAGAUUGUGGUUUGUGUGUGUUUUGGUGUUGGUGCUGUCGGUUGGUGUGAUAGUACCUGUCGCGGCUGCAGAAGAAGAAAAGAAGACAGAGGAUAAACAACCCCCAGUGGAGGCUGCCGAACCAGAAAAGACUUCGACCGAGACGCCAAAAGAAAAACCUGCAGUGAAGGAGUUGCGUGUGGGUGUGAAGCACAGAGUGAAGUGUGAGGAGGGGGAGAAGACGAGGAAGGGGGACAAGUUGUCCAUGCACUACACCGGCACACUCCACUCCACGGGAGAGAAGUUCGACAGCAGUCUCGACAGAGGCACCCCAUUCCAAUUCACUCUCGGCACUGGACAGGUGAUCAAGGGUUGGGAUCGAGGUCUAGUGGGUAUGUGUAAGGGAGAGAAGAGACGCCUAGUGAUUCCCUCUGACCUUGGCUACGGGGCUAGAGGGUCCCCUCCCAAGAUACCUGCCGACUCCGCCUUAGUAUUCGAAGUUGAACUGCUAGACUACACGAGAGCUGGGUCCAGUAAAGAAGAAUUAUAAACCACCCCCGUCCAUGCACCUAGCUAAUAAUUGCUUCAGUCGACUCAAAGAAAAUAUGUCCGUUUUGAUUUGAUUGCUUUGUGGUCAAGAAUAUAAACGGCUUUCAGAUAUUACAGAACCAAGUGUGCUAAUCAUCGCUAAACAUAUACGAAUCAUUUCAAUAUUUUAUGUAUUUCGAAUGUUAUCCUUAAGUUAUUAAAUAUAUUAUGAUUUUGAGUCAAUAUUUGUGGCUAAAUUGUAUAUAUAAGUUUAUUAUUCGUUCACCGCCUUAUAUAUUGACGGUGACUUUAAUUUUACCAUGAAUAUUAUUGAAAUCUGAAAUUGA